AUGAGAUUGAAGGCCCUACUCAGGCGCUGCGCCGGCUUGGGGACGGCAUCGUUAGUGGUGGCUCAGGAGAAGUGCGGCUCGGGGCAGCCAGGACCCGAAGCCUAUGAAGCUGCCGUAGCUCUCCGCGCCGCCCAGCGUGCAGAGGGACUGUCACCUUUAUUCCUCCACAAGCGGGCGGAGGGUCUCCUCGUUUCGACGUAUCUGCACGUUGUCGAAGACGAGGCUCAUAGAGGGUUUGUCACCGAUACGAUGAUCAGCGAUCAGAUGAGAGUUCUCAACGACACCUUCGCCCCUCACAACAUCCAAUUCCUCGUCAAAGACAUCACGCAUACAGUCAACGACGCCUGGACAACGCAAGCCCGCAUUAAGGAGAAAGCAGAGGCACUCCGCCGAGGCGCCUAUGACGACCUCAACAUCUACUUCGAGACAGGCAUGAUGACCAACCCCAACUCCGCGACGGGAAUCUGCAGCUUCCCCGUCGAGGACCCCUGGAACACGGGAAUCAACGGCACCUCGUGGUAUACCUACGACGGCUGCCACGUCAGCGUCGGCACGAUGCCCGGCGGACCGGGCGUGCCGUGGGACCCGGAGGAUAACUUGGGCAAAACGGCGACGCAUGAGGUCGGGCAUUGGAUUCUUGUCCUGAGCAGCCUGGGUUAG